AUGACCUUUGGAGGAAACAAUCGUGCACGAUUCUUCUUCAAGCAGCAUGGUUGGACAGAUGGUGGUAAAAUCGAGACCAAAUAUACAUCAAGAGCUGCAGAUUUAUAUAGAAAAAUUCUUUUAAAAGAAGUAGCUAAAAGUAUGGAGACAGAUUCACCAUCAUCACCUACUGAUUCUCAGUUUGAACAAGUUGCUGGAGAACUUCCUCAAGAAAAUACUGAUGAAUUACCAAAAGAAAAUGCUUUGCGUAAACCUGAAAUUCCAGAGAGCACUUCUCCACCUAAAGCUUCACACACAUUCGGUUAUAAUUCUGUCAAAAAACCAAUUGUUGUUAAAAAAACUGGGAGAUCUGCGGGACUUGGUGCUAAAAAGCUUACUAGAAAGUCCUGUGAAUCUCUCUACGAACAAAAACCAGAAGAACCACCAAGUCUUGUUACUUCUCUACCAAACAACGAUUUACUUCCAAGGUCACUAUCGACGUCUCGAUUUGAGUAUUCAGAAAAUGUCUCAUCUGAUUUGAAUUCUGAAGGGAAGGGUAAACAGUUGGUUAGGCAUGUGUCCUUACCAGAUUCAUCAAGCUUCUUUGCAGACUUCGGAAUGGAUAGUAGUUUUCCAAAUGAAUUUGGGCCAAAUUCCCCAAAAGUGAAAUGUCACCCCAACCAGAUUCAAGAGUCCGAUGAAGCUAGAAGGAAGUUCGCAAAUGCUAAAUCAAUUUCUUCGUCUCAAUUUUUUGGAGAUCAAAACAAAGAUGCAAAUGAUUCACAAGCUUCAACUUCCAUUUCUAGUGCAGAUCUUUUUGGAAACUCAUCAAAUAACCCUUCCAUUGAUCUUAGUGCUAAUGACAUUCUUAAUCGACUAUCUUCCUAUGCUCAUGAAGACAUUUCUUCUCUUAAAAAUCUUGCUGGAGAGACUGGAAAAAAACUCAGUUUCUUAGCCUCUAAUUUGAUAACAGAUCUUCAGGAUAGAAUAAGCUAA